UGUUACACAUAUCUUGCAAAAAUAAGAUAAACAAAAAUUAAUUAGACCACUUACUCAAAUAUUUCUCAAUUUUCUCUCAUGGCGUCCUUAUUCACACCAUACGUAUCACCAUCCCCAACUAAUUGUGCAUUCUGCAAUAUUUCUUCCACAUGUGUUUGUUCAUCUUGUAAAAAAGUUGCCUAUUGUAGCAAACAACAUCAGCAAAAACAUUGGAAAGAUCAUAAACCUUUGUGUUUUCCAAUUGUUUUGAAAAAUAAUAAAAUUCUUGGGAGACACUUGAUCACCACGAGAGAUAUAAAACAAGGAGAAAUAAUUUUGAAGGAGCAGCCACUAAUUUCAGGUCCACAUUUUGGAGAAGAAACCCCGGAUUUUAUAAACGGGCCAAUUUGCUUAGGUUGUUUUAGACAAGUUGAGACAAAUUAUGCUUGUUCCAAAUGCGGAUGGCCAGUUUGUGGAGUUGAGUGUGAAAUUAAUAAACAGCAUUUGGAACUAGAAUGCAAAAUAUUUACACAAGCGAACAGAAAGUUUGCAAGCUUAAUGGAAAAUUUACAAAACUUUAAUAUCUAUGAAGCAAUUACCGUUCUCCGUUGUGCUUUACAAAAAAGGGUGAACCCCAAAAAUUGGGAGAAGAUCAAGAGUCUCCAAUCCAACCAUGGGAAACUGAAGGAAUCAGAAAUUGGAAUUAAAUUAAUUUCCGGCUGCAUAUCCUUUAUUCGCGAUUUUUGUCAAUUAACAGAUUUGUCUGAUGAAGACAUCUCCCAUAUUUUGGGUGUUAUUGCAAUCAAUGCAUUCUUUUCUGAUGAUGGCGUUCCCGUGGACGGUCCAAGAGUUUAUAGAAAUGGGACCUACCUUUACCACAUUGCGAGCAUGUGUGCCCAUAAUUGCACCCCAAACACGGCCUGGUCAAUCAAAUCCAACUCUGAAAUGCAUUUGAUGGCCACCGUUUCAAUUAAGAUUGGAGAAAGUGUUACAAUUUUGUAUUGUGAUGGAACCCUGCCAACGAGAGAAAGGAGGAUGCAAUUGAAGGAAGAUAAGGACUUUGACUGCUCAUGUGACAGAUGCAGCAGUCCAAGUGAAAUGUACAGUUAUUUCACAGGAGUAAAAUGUUGUGAGAAGUCUUGUGCGGAUAAUUUCUAUUUACUUCCUGUGGAUAGAGCAGGCGAAACUUGGAAAUGUGAAAAUUGCAAUAAGGAAAAAUCUAGGGAAUUUAUUGAAUCAAUUUAUUCUAAAAUUGAUGCAGAUUUAAAUUCCUUGAAUCUUGAGGAUGAUUUCACUCACAGUGCUGUAGAAAGAUUGAGCAAUGUUAUUUCAAAAUACGCGGGAGUGAUGCUACACCAAAAUCAUUUUAAAAUCUAUAACAUGGCGACAGAGUUGAUCCAGAGAAUUUCAUUUCUAUUAUCGCAACAACAAUCAAGAAAUUCAAAGAUUAAGAAAAGAGAAAAUAAAUUGGUGGGAUUGCUACUUGAUUAUGGGGCGAUGUUGAUACACGUAACAGAUAUUAUUUUACCAGGCUUAAAUCGACAGAGAGGACGGAUUUUAUAUUAUAUGCAAAAAGGGCUAAUUAUACGAUUAUUUGACGGAAUCAAACAUACUAAGGGUGGGGAUACGUCCCAGUCUGAUCAAUGGAGAGCUAAACUGGACCAAGUGCUCAAAAUAAGGAGAGAAGUUGGAAAAAUAUUUGCAGGCGAAAUGGAAGGAUUUGAAGAAUUUUAUAUUGGUAUGGAAAUGACGAUUGAGCAUCCGGAAAUAUUAAGGCUUCAAAAGAUUUUAGGAAAUUGAUUAUGUUCACGGUAACUUGAAUAUGUUUGUAAAUGAGUGCUCAAAUAAAUUAAGACGUAUUGCUUCAAUAAAAACUAUACUAAAUAGCAUUAA